AAAUUAAAAAACGUUAGUAGUUUAUGAAGUAAUUAAUUUUUGUAAAACAGCAAAGCAAAAAGAGAAUAAAGGGAAAACAGAGUACAGUUGGCGUCGUCACAGAGAAAGAGCAGGGGGAUGGAGCAUGUGCCGGGAUCGUUUGGCACCAGCGCCAGUUUUGCUCUCCGUUUCGGCCAAAUCAUCUUCUCAUCCGCUUCUCUCAUCUUCAUGUGUUUGGAUUACGACUUCUAUGACUUCACUACCUUCUGCUAUUUGACGACUGUGAUGGCUUUCGUAACUCCAUGGAGCAUCUCACUUGCACUGGCCGAUACAUACUCUGUUUUACUCAAACAACUUCCUCAUGAACCAAGACUUCUAUCCAUGGUUCUCGCCGGUGAUACCGUAAUGUCGUUUCUUUCACUGGGUGGGGCAUGUGGUGUAGCCAGUGCAACCCAGCUGCUUUCGUCUUUGGGUGCACCCAUCUGCGGCGAUAACCUCUGUAGCCAAUACCAAGUCUCGGCUACAUUGGCUUUCUUGUGUUGGUUUCUGUUACUUGCUUCGGCUCUUUUCAAUCUUUGGAGUUUACCUUCGUUAUUAUACUGACAGGGCUUAUAUGUAUAGAUAGGAAUCAUAAUAACAAUCAUAGAACAUGAAUGUACAUUUCAUUUACUCAAGAACAUGUUCUGUGUUGACAAAAAAGGAAGAAGAACAUGUUCCGUUAAUGUGAAGUAAAUUAUCCCA